GGCCACGCCAGAACCCUAAGAUCCUGAUGACGUCACGAGCUGGCUCUCUUGCGAUUGGUUGGCAUCUGUUACUCCCGCCAUUCAAUGAAAAGUAACCGUUGCCUGAGGAGAAAGGAGCUGCAAGGCGAGUCGAGAGGCGCUCAGUAAUUCUUCAGCGGGACCCCCCGAAUUGUAGCAUGGCUACCUCUACCCCCAGCCGCUCGGCCCCUGCACGUGGAGCCUCCACGCCGCUCUCGCCAACUCGUAUCACCCGACUGCAGGAGAAAGAAGAGCUGCAGCAUCUCAAUGACCGCCUGGCCAUGUACAUAGACCGGGUGCGAUCCCUGGAGCUGGAGAAUGACCGCCUGAUGCUAAAGGUUUCCGAGAAGGAGGAGGUCACUACCCGGGAGGUUAGUGGGAUCAAGCUCCUAUAUGAAACUGAACUUGCUGAUGCUCGAAAAGUAUUAGAUGAAACUGCAAGGGACAAAGCAAGGCUACAGAUUGAGUUGGGAAAGUAUCGAUCGGAUCUUGAUGAAGUAACAAAAACACUGAAGAAGAAAGAUGCCGAUCUGCUUCAGGCGCAGCAGCGUAAUAAAGACCUGGAGGCCUUGCAUUUCCGGAGUGAGUCUGAACUUAAUGCAGCCUUUGAAGAGAAACGGAAUCUGGAAGCGGCUUUUGCUGAUCUAAAGGCUAAGCUCGCUAAGGCCGAAGAUGCUCACGCUGUUGCCAAGAGGCAGCUAGAAAAUGAAACUUUGAUGCGUGUGGACUUCGAGAAUCGUUGCCAGAGUCUGCAAGAGGACCUGGAUUUCAGAAAGAAUAUAUAUGAAGAGGAGUUCAGAGAGACCAGGAAACGUCAGGAACGCAGUUUUGUAGAAUUAGAUAAAGGCCAAAAAUAUGAAUAUGAAUCUAAGUUGGCACAAGCCCUUGAUGAACUCAGAAAACAGCAUGAUGAACAAGUUAGACUGUACAAGGAGGAGAUGGAGCAGACUUACCAGGCAAAGCUGGACAACAUCAGGCGUUCUACUGAUUACAAUGACCAGGCUGCAGGAGCAGUCCGAGAAGAGCUGAGUGAGGCACGAAUGAGGGUGGAGGCGCUCGCUUACCAACUUACAGGUCUGCAGAAGCAGUUAAAUGCAUCAGAGGCUCGUGUCCGUGAGCUGGAGGAAUUGCUGUCCAAUGAACGCGACAAAUACCGCAAACUUUUGGACCAUAAGGAUAAAGAACUUGCAGCCAUGAGAGACCAUAUACAGAGGCAGCUGACAGAAUAUCAAGAAUUGCUAGAUGUGAAGUAUGCCCUUGAUAUGGAGAUAAAUGCAUACCGCAAGUUGUUGGAAGGAGAAGAGGAGAGGUUGAAAUUGUCACCAAGCCCACAGUCUCAUGUCACAGUAUCUCGAGCUACUUCAAGCAGCAGCUCUGCUACCACUCGCCAGUCUCGCAAUAAAAGAAAACGCAUGGAAACCGGACAAAGUGAGGAAAUCGGCAAUGUUCAGUCUUCUGCUAGCUGGGCUAGACUGCCUCGUGGUUCAAGCAGCGCUGGGGAACGAAGCAGUAGUAGCAAGUUCCAUAUGUCACAACAGGCUACUGCAACUGGUAGCGUCACUAUAGAGGAGAUUGACCAGGACGGAAAGUUUGUUCAUCUAAAAAAUAGUUCUGAUGAGGAUCAAGCUCUAGGCAGCUGGAGACUUAAGUUGAGCAUUGGAAACCAAGAAGAAAUUGUAUAUAAAUUCACAGCCAAAUAUGUGCUGAAAGCAGGGCAGUCUGUUAAGAUAUACAGCGCUGAUGCCGGGGUCGCCCAUAGCCCUCCAUCUGUUCUAAUCUGGAAAAACCAGAGUUCUUGGGGUACAGACAGCAAUAUCAAAAUCUCCCUGGUGAACAGUGAUGAGGAGGAAGUAGCAGUUAGAACUGUAACAAAGACUGUCGAGUCCACUGUAGACGUAGAAGAAGAUGGUGAGGAUGAAGAAGCUGAGUUUGGGGAGGAAGAUCUAUUUCACCAGCAGGGUGAUCCUCGUACAACCUCCACAGGCUGUUACCUGAUGUAACCAGUCUUCGGUGUUUGCUGAUUUACUGCCAGAGUUGCUAUUUUUUAUAUGUUUUUUCUUUAGGCAUUGUUUAGCUUCACCUAUGAGAAGCAAACUACUGCCAGACAUGUUUGCAAAGUGUUUUUUAAUAUAUAUUAUUUGUUUGUUUUUUUGUGGUUUUAUUAACACUAUAUCUUGGUAAGGGCACAAGUUUUACGUUUUACCUUUUAUAUGGCAGAAAUCUUGUAGAGGUAAAGUUUUAUUGCGUGCUUAGCAUGCACAGAAUGUUUUACUGGUUAACUUUUCAGUUGACUGACAAAUGGCCUACUUUUAUAGUUUGAUACAUUUUCUAGUACUACAAAUUUCCACUGGGGAUUGUUCUACAAAUGAGAGAACUGUUGACAUUAUAAACCAAUCAAUGGCAUCUUAUCUUGGCCAUGUCUACUUCUGUUGUAGAUAUUUUGCCAAGUAGGAAUGACCAAAUACAAGCAUCUUGGGUGUGAAGUAUUAUUCUACUUUGCCUUGUGGUAUAUGUAUAGAUACAACAACUUGAUUUCGGAAAUCAUAAUCUGUAAGUCUACCCCCUAGUUAUUUGUAAUAGCGUGUUCUGUUGUGGUGCCGUUAAUCAGUGCCCAUGUGUUACAAGUAGGUUAAACUUA